GAUGUCUUCCCCUGAGGAGGAGCCGCCGGCCUCCGUGUCAGACGUCCUGUCGUCGGCUUUGUCCGCUGCCGUGUCGGCUGCCAUGGCGGUUGCGAUGUCGGUGGACGCGAAGGCGGAUCUCGCCGCGCUGCUGGACGAAUGGGAAGAAGCACAGAGCGGCAGCACAGAGCAGCUGGUGUCCAUCCUCACAAAAAUCUCUGAGCUGAUUGAACGGGAGACGGGAGAGUAUCACAAAGCAGACCCCGAUCCGUUUGAUGACCGUCAUCCAGGACGGGCAGACCCGGACUGCAUGCUGGGGCAACUCCUGAAGAUGCUGUUUAUGAACGAUGACUUCACUAACGCG